UCCAGGUGAAUUCCCUCGUUGUUUUUUUUUCUCUCCACUUCCAUCGCCAGCCGCUGGUAGACACGCAUUCAAACCUCCGCCUCCAGCCCUUGCCUUUCUGGGGCUCAAGCUAACACUCCCUGGAAAGGGAUCUGAUUUCAUUACUCCGUUAUUACUGCUUAUUUCGGUGCUAUUACCAGAACCCGGGGCCUGGCCCAUGCUUCUUAAGGAGAGUUGUCAGACCUAAGCAUUUAAUGACACGCGCGUGGGUCAAAGUAUGGAAACAAGAUGAAGUGUGGUCCCUGGACGCACGCAGUCAAGUCCAGAAUUCCUGGGGAUCUGGUCAGAAAUUCCCAUUCCCGGGCUCCAUCUCGGUUCUCCAUCGUCAGUCUCUUGGAAGGGGGGUGUCCCUAGUGGAUGACUGUGAAGAGGCUGGAGGUCGACAUCCAGUGGAUCCGGUUGCGCGGCGCGGGAGUGCCUGAAAUCUCCGGCUCCGGGUUUGUGGUCACGUGAACUUUUUAGCUACCCUCCCACACUCUUUUCUAGGUCUUUAAAAGACGCACUAACAUCCGUUAGUCGUGGGUAAUCUUUGCAGCUUCUCCAGCUGCUGGCCUUUUUGAAACGCACUCUCAGGUCCCUGCCUUCAGCGAGGCUUCUAGAAUCAGCCACCUCUUGAAACUUCUUGGUGGGGAGCUGGCCCAGGGGGAGCGGCUGGUGCUGCCACUGGCAUCCCUAGGCACCCAGGUCUGCAAUAAAGUCUGGCAGCCACUGCAUGGCUGAGCGACAACCAGUGGCUGGGAGUCCGGCUCUGUGGCUGAGGAAAGCACCUGUCUGCAUUUAGAGAAUGCAAAAUAGAGAAUGUUUACCUGCCAGUCAUUACAUCUGAGUCCCAUGAGUCUCUGAGAACAUAAUGUCCAUCUGUACCUCUUCUCACAAGGAGUUUUCUCAGCUGCGACCCUCUGAAGACAUGGAGAUCAAAAACUCACCGUCGAGCCUUAGUUCCCCUGCUUCCUAUAACUGUAGCCAGUCCAUCCUACCCCUGGAGCACGGCCCCAUCUACAUCCCUUCCUCCUACGUAGACAACCGCCAUGAGUAUUCAGCUAUGACAUUCUACAGUCCUGCUGUGAUGAACUACAGUGUUCCCGGCAGCACCAGUAACCUGGACGGUGGGCCUGUCCGACAGAGCACAAGCCCAAAUGUGCUAUGGCCAACUUCUGGGCACCUGUCUCCUUUAGCGACCCAUUGCCAAUCAUCGCUCCUCUAUGCAGAACCUCAAAAGAGUCCUUGGUGUGAAGCAAGAUCACUAGAGCACACCUUACCUGUAAACAGAGAGACACUGAAGAGGAAGCUUAGUGGGAGCAGUUGUGCCAGCCCUGUUACUAGUCCAAACGCAAAGAGGGAUGCUCACUUCUGCGCCGUCUGCAGCGAUUAUGCAUCUGGGUAUCAUUACGGCGUUUGGUCAUGUGAAGGAUGUAAGGCCUUUUUUAAAAGAAGCAUUCAAGGACAUAAUGAUUAUAUCUGUCCAGCCACGAAUCAGUGUACCAUAGACAAGAACCGGCGUAAAAGCUGCCAGGCCUGCCGACUUCGCAAGUGUUAUGAAGUAGGAAUGGUCAAGUGUGGAUCCAGGAGAGAACGGUGUGGGUACCGUAUAGUGCGGAGGCAGAGAAGUUCUAGCGAGCAGGUACACUGCCUGAGCAAAGCCAAGAGAAACGGUGGGCAUGCACCCCGGGUGAAGGAGCUACUGCUGAGCACCUUGAGUCCAGAGCAACUGGUGCUCACCCUCCUGGAAGCUGAACCACCCAAUGUGCUGGUGAGCCGUCCCAGCAUGCCCUUCACCGAGGCCUCCAUGAUGAUGUCCCUCACUAAGCUGGCGGACAAGGAACUGGUGCACAUGAUUGGCUGGGCCAAGAAAAUCCCUGGCUUUGUGGAGCUCAGCCUGUUGGACCAAGUCCGGCUCUUAGAAAGCUGCUGGAUGGAGGUGCUAAUGGUGGGACUGAUGUGGCGCUCCAUCGACCACCCCGGCAAGCUCAUUUUCGCUCCCGACCUCGUUCUGGACAGGUCCUCAGAAGACCCUCACUGGCACGUUGCGCAGAUGAAGAGUGCUGCCCCAAGGGAUGAGGGGAAGUGCGUAGAAGGGAUUCUGGAAAUCUUUGACAUGCUCCUGGCGACGACGUCAAGGUUCCGUGAGUUAAAACUCCAGCACAAGGAGUAUCUCUGUGUGAAGGCCAUGAUCCUCCUCAACUCCAGUAUGUACCCCUUGGCUUCUGCAAACCAGGAGGCAGAAAGUAGCCGGAAGCUGACACACCUACUGAACGCGGUGACAGAUGCCCUGGUCUGGGUGAUUGCGAAGAGUGGUAUCUCCUCCCAGCAGCAGUCAGUCCGACUGGCCAACCUCCUGAUGCUUCUUUCUCACGUCAGGCACAUCAGUAACAAGGGCAUGGAACAUCUGCUCAGCAUGAAGUGCAAAAAUGUGGUCCCGGUGUAUGACCUGCUGCUGGAGAUGCUGAAUGCUCACACGCUUCGAGGGUACAAGUCCUCAAUCUCGGGGUCUGAGUGCAGCUCAACAGAGGACAGUAAGAACAAAGAGAGCUCCCAGAACCUACAGUCUCAGUGAUGGCCAGGCCUGAGGCGGACAGACUACAGAGAUGGUCAAAAGUGGAACAUGUACCCUAGCAUCUGGGGGUUCCUCUUAGGGCUGCCUUGGUUACGCACCCCUUACCCACACUGCACUUCCCAGGAGUCAGGGUGGUUGUGUGGCGGUGUUCCUCAUACCAGGAUGUACCACCGAAUGCCAAGUUCUAACUUGUAUAGCCUUGAAGGCUCUCGGUGUACUUACUUUCUGUCUCCUUGCCCACUUGGAAACAUCUGAAAGGUUCUGGAACUAAAGGUCAAAGUCUGAUUUGGAAGGAUUGUCCUUAGUCAGGAAAAGGAAUAUGGCAUGUGACACAGCUAUAAGAAAUGGACUGUAGGACUGUGUGGCCAUAAAAUCAACCUUUGGAUGGCGUCUUCUAGACCACUUGAUUGUAGGAUUGAAAACCACAUUGACAAUCAGCUCAUUUCGCAUUCCUGCCUCACGGGUCUGUGAGGACUCAUUAAUGUCAUGGGUUAUUCUAUCAAAGACCAGAAAGAUAGUGCAAGCUUAGAUGUACCUUGUUCCUCCUCCCAGACCCUUGGGUUACAUCCUUAGAGCCUGCUUAUUUGGUCUGUCUGAAUGUGGUCAUUGUCAUGGGUUAAGAUUUAAAUCUCUUUGUAAUAUUGGCUUCCUUGAAGCUAUGUCAGUGUUUCUCUCUCUCUCUCUCUCUCUCUCUCUCUCUCUCUCUCUCUCUAUCUCUAUCUCUAUCUCUGUGCAUGCGCGUGCGUGCACACCAUACACAUGUGAAAGGCUCUGUUUUUUGCAAGAACAGAGUCAGCCCCCUGGGUGUCAGUCUCUGCUUCUUUUAUGCCUUGUGAAUGCAGGUUUCAUUUUGCACAGCAGAGGUGACAGCAUCAGCUACCUAUCACCAGUGGGCGGCAGGGAUGCUACAGGCUGUAGAUGUACAUGAUGCAUUGUCCUCUGGAGCUAUCACACACACAGCUUCAGGCAUUCAUAGUAUGGAUUGGAUGAGCAAAACACUUUGUCUUCCAUGGCUGUGAACAGAUGCCAUGACCAAGGCAACUUUUUUUUUUAAAAAGACUUAUUUACUUUAUGUAUGACUACACUGUAGCUGUCUUCAGACACACCAGAAGAGGGCAUCAGAUCUCAUUACAGAUGGUUGUGAGCCACCAUGUGAUUGCUGGGAAUUGAACUCAGGAUCUCUGGAAGAGCAGUCAGUGCUCUUAACCCCUGAGUCAUCUCUCCAGCCCCAAGGCAACUCUUAUAAAGAACAACAUUUAAUUGGGGCUGACUUACAGUUUCAGAGGUUCAGUCCAUUAUCAUCAUGGUGGGAAGCUUGGCAUUGUCAGGCAGACUUGGUGCUAGAGAAGGAGCUGAGAGUUCUACAUCUUGAUCUGAAAGCAGCGGGGAAAAGACUAGCUCUGUCUUCCACAGGCAGCCAGGAGGAGGUUCUCAAAAACCCACCCCACACAGUGACACACUUCCUCCAACAAGGCAAUACCUAUUCCAAUAAGGUCACACCUCCUAAUAGUGCCCCUUCCCAUGGGCCAAGCAUAUUCAAACCAUCACACACUUGAACACAUCUUUUUUUUUUUUUUUUUUUUUUUACUUUUUCAAAAAGAGUUAUUUAGGGGUAAUUAUUUAUAACAAAAAAUUCUUCUCUAACCUAUAAGUCUCUUAAAAUAUUUUCUUAUCAGAACAUUUGUGAGGUGGGCUGUAUGAAAUAGAAACUUGGUAGACACAUUAGUUCCUUCUAAUGGAAUCUAAUGGAGCCAAGGAGAAAGCCCCUUUGAAAUGGCAAUUGCGAUAUACAUUUUAGAAACUGGAGUUUUCAGACAUAUUUAUAGGAACAUGGUAAAAAUUCACAAAAUGUGUGGCAGCUCUACUUUGGAAGUGAGCAAUUAAAUGAUCAUGCUGAUUGGAUGUUUUUAAAAAUAAAACCUGGGGAUGCAGUAUUAAGUAUACUUUCCUUUGAACAUAGGGUUUCUUUGGUCAGUACAUCCUGUGUUUACUGAGUCAUUCAUUAGGAAGAUUACACUUAACGAGAGAGAACUUGAAUGUGUCUUAAUUUUGAUAUUGAUAUGCUGCUGUUAAAGCCGACUUUAGCAGCUGUCUCAGACACACAGGCAUAGGGAACACACAGGUGCUGGCAGUUGGAAACUGUUAGCAGCUCAGUGCUCUAGCCAGAGUGCAUCAGUGCAGAAAGCAUUCCACUAAAGUCAGAGGUCAAGGGUUGGAGGGCAGGAAGUGGGACGUAAAGGAAGCCUUGAAAGAACAUUAAAGGGACCAUCAGACAGGAAGAACAAAACAACCUGAAUUAGCUCUAAGCUAUUGUCUAGUUAGUACACAGUGAAGUUCUCGGUUGAAUUUGGGUAGCUAAGGAAGGUAUCAGUUUGAACUCCGGUGUACAAGCACCCUUCUGUGCCAACUCCUGUGUGCACUUAGAUAAGCACAUGUUCCUGUGGCCAGUAAUUAGCUUUGAAUUCUUAAUCCUCCUGAUGGGAUUCAGACAUGUGCCACCACUCCCAGCUAUUUAAUUAGCUAUUAAUUAACACCAUUUACACCAAUUCUCCAGUCUACUUCUAAGGGCUGGAUGGGAGGAGGAUGUAACACUCCUUUUUGCCUUGUAUCUUACCUGGGUCAGGUAGGGAGGGACACGGGUUAGUCCUGCCUCAUACUUCUCAGUACAGGGCUAUUUGGCUGGGCUCUGGGACAGGUGGGUGGUUGAGAUAGAAUCUGCACUCUAAAGACUAUUGGUUGCUUUUGAGUAACCUAGUUUCCCCUUUUAUCUGAAGUGCUAAUAUCUCUGCUCAUGUGCUCCCUGCAGACUGUCUAAGGAUGACCUGGUUUUCAAUGUAUUGGAGCAAUGCUCAGUGUCCAUUUUAGAGACGGGUCAUUUCACUUUAAUGUGUGGUAGCUUCCUGGAAAUGUUCACCUUCUUCUGGGACAGCUUAGCUAAGCACGAGUGUCAAAUGUUUAAGUUUCUUUUAAAGGAUAAAUAGGACCUGGCACCUGUGAGCAUGGGUUAGAUUACUGAAUAGUCCCCGUUCCCCAAGACUCCGCCAUGACACCACAACAGAGCCGUGGAAUCCUUAGCUCUGCCUCAAACUGGUAUGGCAGGAUUCUUCUGUUUUAAUCUGCAAGUGACCACCUGAGACACUUACCUGUGGAUAAGUGGGUUUUACCUAACCCCCAAACCACAGGUUUGACUAGAACCGGUCACCACGAAUGCCCUUAACACACAGAUUUUUGGGUAUGAACUGGCCCGGAAGAGGACUAUGUGGAGAAUCCCAGCCUCUGCUUUUUCUGUUUGUCACCAGAAGGAUUAACUCCAAAUAUAAUCCCAGAGAGCCCCUCCCACUCUCCUUUGGGAAAUUCAGGUGAGACCACAAGACAAAUAACACAGAGAAUUUUAAACAUUUAAAAAAAAACAGUUUAACAGCAGCUGCCCCCAACACCCCACAGACAGCCCUUACCUGAAUGACAUUUCCUGCUAGCUCAUCUGGGAGACCAGGGCUUUUAGAGUUUUGCAAGUAAAAGGGGUUACUUACCAGUUUUCAGCACUGCCUCAACACACAGAGACAAAUUCAAUAGGUUGAACCAUUUCUAGCAUUUCCUAGCAUAUGAAGGAAGGGGUUGGUUCUUAUUUGCAUCUGCUUGCAUAUGCUAAUAACUUUGUAAAACUCAAGGUGGUCCCUGGGUUUCUGGCUCUAUUUUGAAACAAAGUUAAAGCUGCUUAAAAAAAAAGAUACUAUAAAGGUUACACAAGUAACACAAAUAUACCAUCUGGUAGGUAAAGUGGUACUUGUGAAACACUCUGUGACAGACACAGCUUUCACAUUUAGUCUUCAUAAUCCAUUACUGGGACUCUAUUUUAAUUGUCAGGAUGUGGAAGCUUAGAAGGCCAAGCAGACUUACUCAAGGUCACACAGAACAAAUGCUGGAACUGACGUCUGGAAAUUCCAGUCUAGUGCUGACAGUGGUUACACAGUUCACUUAUUUAGAAAAGGUAGCAGGGGCUCAAUGGAGCUUUAAUGCUAAGAGGUCUUGCCUUGCAUGUAGAAGGCUGUGGGCAUUAUCCCAAACGCUGCAAAAAAUAAUUUAAAAAAAUGUAUAUCUUUUGCUUUCUACCAUUGUGCUCCAUCCCCAGCCUCCCUGUCCCCCAAAUCCUUUCUAAAGUACAGAAUUUAUCAAGUAGGGUUACUGAGGCUUAAGUGGGAUCUACCCAUGAAACUCCACAUGCUUGACACCCAGGACACCCCUGGGAACAGUCACAAACAGCUUAGAAAUUUCUGGCAUAAGAAUUCAAGUCUCUAUUUUAUCUAUGUGCAAAUUAAAGCUCUGAGGGGCCACCUGACCUGCUCAAGGUCUUUGCAACUUCUUGUAGCCAAGGCUGGAUUGGAAUUCGAACUCCUGUUCACUGGCUGCUUUCUCUGGCUCCAGGAUGCUACCCGUGGAGCGGUGUUGUGAUGAUGGUUAGUGAAGCCCUGGGUGACUUCUCUCUCCCUUUUCAUUUUUACUUUCUUAGCUUAGAGUGGGUCUGCUUGAACCUUGGCAUAGCAGCACCAGGGAUAGGCAGCACCUUUCUCCUCCUGUCCUGCCAUCUUGGAGGUCUGCAGUCACUUCCUGGUACUUCCUUUCCUCCAGUGCGUCAGAGCUUUCCACAUGCCUUGGAAGGAGACUGGUGUGAAUGGCACAUCUUCCAGGCACCAGUGCCUCCCUGUACAGCUGAGUGCACUACAUACUGGUUUCCUCCUGUAGCACUCAAACUUCGUGGAUCCUGUAGCAGCUGGAAAUUGUGAGCUGUCUCAGCAUACAUGAGUUGAAAAAUAACAAGGAUCAUCUUGCCUUGUAGGCCAAGAUGUUACUUGAUGGUGGGCUUUCUCUUUGUGAAGGGUAAAGGUUUGUUAGCCCAAAAUAGUUCCCAGUAACUGACAUGUCAGCGUUGUGCAUUAAUUUGCCUUGUGAACCCUGGACCUAUAAUUUUAUCAGGCAGCGGUUAUGUGGUCGAUGAUAAUUUGUCCUAUAUUCAGACAGAUGCUGGUAUCCUCAGGCUAAUGUGUCGGUAACAGACUUAACUGUAAGCCUUUAAAGAAAUGAGCAUUUGAGUUGCGUGUGGUGUGGUGGCUUGCUCCCAGGAGCUACGGGAGGCUCCUGGAGUUGAGGCUAACCUUGGCUACAGAGUGAGACUCUUAAUCUCACAAAGCCAAAUAAACAAAAAGACUGUGAUGCUUUCAAGACUGACUGUGCAUUUGUCUGGGAGUCCUUUGUCCUUACCAUGUCCCUUUCAUAUGUAUGGAGCUAUUGCAGAGAGAAGUUUAAUGUGACAAAGUGUUUUUCAUAAUUUGGGUUUUAAAAAGAUGUUCGUUGGGAGCUGAAUGUAAAAACUUAUAGUUGCUGGGCUGAGCAGUGCCUGGUUUUCUUCCAUGAAUUCUCUUUUGGGGUUCUCUCUGUGGUCAUUCUUCCUUGGAGAGGGAACAUUAGCAUGGAUGCUUGCCUACUCUCUGAAGACUUACUACUCUUUCUUCCCCUAGGUUUCCUAAACAGGAACAAUUUAACGUAUAGUCACCCACUCACUUGUGAUGUAUGGAUAUAAAUGUCCCAGUGUAUAGAGAAUCCAUUUACUUUUCAGUUUACUGUUCAGUUUAUUUGGGCAGAAUGUCUGAAAUUAUAUAUUAAAUAUUCAUUUAUUAUUCAA